CUUUCGUUGAGGGAGCGAGAGGGAGCCCUGCUUCUCGUUGCGUCUGCCUUGGCUUGUGGGAGCGAGCGAGCGAGCUCGGUUGCUUGCGCAUGUGAAGGGUGGUAGGCUCGGGCCUGGGGACAAGCGGCCUUUUUCUUCUCCUCGCUGUUCCGGAGCAGAGGAGCGCGAGCGGUCAAUCGCUUGCUUAUCAGCUUGUUAUCACCCUCAAUUCAGUCUCUCUGCCGUCCCCGAUAUAUGUAGUGCUUGGUGUGCAGUCAAAAGUGUGUUAGGCUCCGCUUCCGCCUUGCCGUGCCUGCUCGCGCUUUUUCUUGGAAGCGGUGGGCGCAAUUCGGGAGAGGCGCGGGGCGGAGUUCGUUCGGGCUCGGGAGAUCGACAGGUGUAGGUGUCGUCGCUGCUGCGGAUUUGUUCGUGUUCUUCGAGAGCUGUGCGGCGAUCGGAGUUUCUUUCGUCUUGCUGUGCGGGAUCAGCGCAAUGGCGAACGCCGCGUCGGGAAUGGCUGUUAGUGACGAGUGCAAACUGAAGUUUAUGGAACUGAAGAGGAAGAAAACUUAUCGGUACAUUAUAUUUAAAAUCGACGAGAAAGCGCAACAGAUUGUUGUGGAGAAGGCCGGAGGACCCGACGAAAGCUACGACGCUUUUGCUGCUUGCCUUCCAGAGAGUGACUGUAGAUACGGAGUGUAUGACUUCGAUUUCACCACCGAGGACAACUGCCAGAAGAGCAAGAUCUUCUUCAUUGCCUGGUCACCCGACACCUCACGAGUGAAGGCAAAGAUGAUGUACGCAAGCUCCAAGGACAGGUUCAGGAGGGAGCUCGAUGGUGUUCACUAUGAGCUGCAGGCUACUGAUCCUACUGAGAUGGACAUUGAAGUCAUCAAGGAACGGGCCAACUAAACUGGAUGGCCAUCUGUAUUUCGGGUCGGCGAAUGGGAGUUUGUGUACUAAGUUGCACCAUAACCGAAUUUUUCUCCUUCCUCCCAAGUGAGGCAGUACAUGUUCUACUCUGUGAUUCGACAGUACAUGUUGCUUGGGAAGAUAGCGUGCAGAUGCAUCCGUUUGCAAUUUGCGUAGUUUGAAUAUGUAGCCAUGCGAGUUAUUCAGGUAGGGUUGGAUACGCAUGUGCUGUGCCUCGAUUUUUGCAGCAAAGUCAAACCAAUACAUUGUAUUGGGCACUGGAUGUUGCGAGAAACGUUUCACAAGAUUGUCACAGAUCGAUGAAAAGGUUGCGAGGGAAAUGCCUCUGAACUCAUUUGGAAAAUUAUGCAGUUUCUAGAGCACCCCACGAAGUACCAAACCGAUUAAAAUUUUCCUCCUCACAUUCGUUUAGUUUGCAGUACAAAUCUUCCUAUGUAGGUCGAUGACAGUCACACGGACAUUUGAGAAUUGGUGAGCUUUGACUUGACCUGGUUACACCUUCUGACCAUGUUUCUGUAUACUCACCACGUGAGGCUUUUUGACCGCUAUGAAUAUAUUAACUUGGAUGUCUUUGACUAUCAAUUGUGGCGAUGAUGAACGGGGGAGUACCUCUCAUAUCUCAACGUCUUGGUCGAAGUAUAAGAAGGUUUUUUACAGGCCUGCUGGAUUCGACACCUCUACACAAUGCUCUACAGUAUCUUGAUGAUUUGGAUUAGACUCUCCUCGGUUUCACUCUUGGCGGCCUCCUCGUUUCGUUUAGGACAGCAGGUAUGCUGCCUUAGAUUGGUCUCGUGAGGUAAACUCAAUUUUUGUCAGGCGCAUUUCGUUCUCCACACCAGGCUUGAUCACAACGUCAUCGGUCAUUAAGGAUACUUAGUGCUCUCCAUGUGAUAUUGGUUGUGGUCUGGACUUAUUGUAAAAGGUAGAAUGCCUCCUCAUCUAGCUUCACAGCUUUAAUGUAGCCCUGGACCGAGCAAUCAUGUGGAAACUUGUGGAGUACUUCAAUUGUUGAAGCUAUUACGCCUUUUGCCAAAGGUGCAGACGAUGGCAUCUCUAUAUGCUCAGUGCAUUACGCUUUUUUGGAAUGUAUACACAGUUCCAUGUACAAACCUUCUUUGCUCUACGGAAGUAAAACCUGCUUGAAGAGGGCGAUGUUGAGAAUAUUA